AUGGGGCCCAAAGAACGUGCUAUCUCCUCUAGGGAGCAGCAGCCCCCCCCGAAGCGCAAAGACUCGUCCCAGCCCGGCCGCAAUCCCGGCAAGCAGGGCAAUGGGGACAACAGCCAGGGCGGACGCGCCGCCAAGCGUGUCAAGGUCUUUGAUGCUAGGAGAAUCCAGAGCCAGCCGGCAGCCGCGGCCCAGAACAAUGGCGAGCUGGACCUGCAGGCCUUCUUGAGCUCCCGAGAGUUCGAGAUCAAGGCCCUCGAAGCCAACAUGUGCAACUCCAAGGCUGUGUCCGCACGACGGGCAUUCCAGGUCGUGCCGCGCGACAUGAGGAGGCGCACCGCAAGUCACAAUGCGAAAAGGCUCCCGAAAAGGCUGCGAAGGCGGGCGCGCCACGAGAUGCAGGUGGACAACACGCCCACUGUCGACUCGCGGAGGAGGAAGCCACGGACCACCAAAGCCAGGAUCCGUGCUGAGACUGCAAAGAGGCUGGGCAUCCUCGCCAAGAGGAAACGAAACAGACAGCUCAAAGAUGCAGCAGAUAAGGCUGCGGCCGGCGAUGCGAUGGUUGUCGACUCCUACGUCCAAUCGCGGCCUGCGAGGCCCAAGGUCAAGAAGAACACGCUGCUGGACCCGCCUGAGAAGCGGUCCAAGUUUGCGAAGCGUCAGCGGGAGAAAGUAUGGCUGCCUACGCACAUCUGGCACACCAAAAGGGCUCGGAUGACAGAACCCACAGAUCCUCUGUGGAAGUUCUCCAUACCACUUACACCCACAGAGAAGGUCUAUCGACCAACUCACCGCGCCUCCACCAUUAAAGGCGCCAUGUGCUGGGAUACAAGUUACACCAGCACUAUCAGGUUGCAUGGUAACCCUGAUCACCUUGACCUGCUCAUCGGUCUUGACAUGUGUCGUGAUGGUAAAGCGAUGCAGAAAAAGGUCAGAGAUGGUGCGCGCGCUAUGACCCAACUGUGGAGGGUAGGCAACAAGAAAGGGUCUAUUCUUCCCGGCGAGGGCUCCUUGCAGGCAGUGGCCACCGUGAUAUACAACCCGGAAACGGAAACUGCAGCAGUUUCUGGACCGGGAGAGAGCGGCUCAGUCAAAUCAUCGAGAAUGCUCCUCAUAAGAGUGCACCCAGCAUCGUUCCAGCAGGUCUGGGACGAACUCCUGCGACAGAUCAAGUUGCAUAGCCUUCAUGUCACCUUGCAGGACCUUCGCUGGGAGAUUGGCAGCAUUGAGAUCGCCGGCCCGGGCUGCACGGAAUCCUUGAAGGGCAUUCUGCGGCCAUCGAAAAAGAAAGGGAAGCCAAGGGAAUCAAUAGACUUCACCGACUUGAACGCAAAGACUUUCAGCGAGCUUCCGGCUGGUACAAACCCAGCUUCUCUCCCCAAGAACGUCAUCUUGUCUUUCAACAUAGAAGAUCCCCGUCUUCACUACCCACCGAAGACAUAUCACGACCCCCCUUCUGAAACUGGCGAUAUCGCUUUGGAAUUUGCCAACACCCUGGCGCAUUGGCCUGCAGAUGGCGAUCUCAAACCUUCACCACUGUUUGAUGACGAGGCACGGCGCCGGGCCGCAGAACUCCCUUCCCUGAGCUCGCUGAACAGGCGCAAGGCUGCAAGAGUGCCUGGCAAGGAACUUGAGCCCAUCCCUGCUGAUCCUCCUAUCCCUAUCAUCUUGGUGGCCUCGAGAGGAGAUAUUACUGGAUCGGGCACACAUGGUUCGUGGACUUUAAUGGCUCCUUGGAAGUGUAUCCUCCCCAUAUGGCACAGCCUUGUGCACUAUCCGCUAUCCACUGGCGGUAACCCCCGCUUCGGAGGUUUGAAUGAGUUACGGCAAGUCACCUACGAGCAAGGCCUCCCCUGGUUUCCUGGUGAUUACCCCGGCACGCUUGCCGGUCUCGAGUGGGAGUUCCGGGAGCGCGAGCGCAGAGAACGGGAGUGGAAGCGUCGCCCAAAGAGCAAGAGACCGGUAUGGGAGUCACUUGAUCUCGGCGCUGGACGGAAGGGCGAGAUCGGAUCUGGGUUUGCGUGUGACUGGGAACUGCUCUUUGGAAUGCCGCCUGUUGAGCGUGUCGAAGCAAAGCUGCUCCCAGAAAACAACAAGAAGACUGCAGAAGGACAGUCAGAGAGCAAAGGCGUGGCGUUUGACAGCCAUCCUCUACGGGAUAUGUGCCAUUUUCCAAAAUGGUCAUUCGAUACCAGCCUAUCAAAGCAGGAUCGAGACCUGGCGUCUUUGUGCGGAGUACCCACAGUAUCAACGGUCAGGAUCACGAUGCUGGGGCGAGGAGUGCCGUCUCCCUGCGCAAGGAUAUACCGCCUCCCCACACGCGAUAGAACGGCUGUCCAGAGCACUCAAGCCGAAGUGCCAGCGACGAUACCUCCGUCCAAGCCCGGCGCACUUCCUUCCAAUCUGCGGGACCAGUGGCUCAGCCUCGCCCCGCAGCCCUCUCAGCAAAGGGGCACUCCCCGCCACAAGAAGGCUUGGUCGAGACGGCCACCUCAGCCAAAGGCCAUGCCCAAGGACGCGGAUCUGCAGACCCGCAAGCGGCUGAUGGCGCAGUCGCUCCUCACGACGGAGCUGCCGUACCCGCGUCCGAAGGGCAACGAGACAGACAUGGGUGGGUACCCGCUAGUCCCAGGCGAGGAGGACCUGAUGGGCUUUGUGACCACCGGCGAGGUCAACCUGAGUCUCGGGAGGGGGUUUGCCAUGGGGCACAUCGCCGCAAAGAAGGCGCUCGAGGCGGCGGACCCGAGAAACUUGACCAGGCCCAAGUCCAAGAUCGAGGCGAGGCUGUGUAUUGUACGGAACGUCGGGGAGAGCGUGGGCUGGCUUGCGCAGUGGGAGCUUCUGGAGCUCUGCUAG